CUUGGGGCUCAGAUUGUUGUUUACGUGUCGCCCGGUCCGGUGGUGUCGUCUUCUUUUCUACUCUUCUGGCCAAAUUGAACGGAACGAACCGCCGAACGUAACGGCCAGUCGCCAACUGAACAACUGAUCUUGGCCAGAAACGGAAUCCGUAAAUUAGCUAUACUUUGUGUACCAAACUCCAGCAUUUGUUUGCCUUUGGUUUCUGUUUGGUUUUGGAGUAUAAAAAACAAGAGAGUUUCAAACGGAGCAGCAUGAAUAUACACAUGAAUGCCAAUACUCUAAAGUACAUCAGUCUGCUGACGCUGACCCUCCAGAAUGCUAUCCUGGGCCUCAGUAUGCGAUAUGCCCGUACUCGACCAGGCGACAUCUUCCUCAGUUCAACGGCCGUGCUAAUGGCCGAGUUCGCUAAACUGAUCACGUGCCUGUUUCUGGUCUUCAACGAGGAGGGCAAGGAUGCCCAGAAGUUUGUCAGAUCGCUGCACAAGACUAUCAUUGCCAAUCCUAUGGAUACGCUGAAGGUGUGUGUGCCCUCGCUGGUUUACAUCGUCCAAAACAACCUGUUGUAUGUAUCCGCCUCCCAUUUGGAUGCAGCUACUUACCAGGUUACGUACCAGCUGAAGAUACUCACCACGGCCAUGUUUGCGGUUGUUAUUCUGCGUCGCAAGCUGCUCAACACCCAGUGGGGUGCAUUGUUGCUCUUGGUGAUGGGCAUUGUUCUGGUGCAAUUGGCCCAGACGGUGGGAUCAUCGACUGGGUCAGCCGGUGGAGCUGCAGCAGCAGCCACGGCCGCCUCUUCCGGCGGAAUACCCGAACAAAACAAGAUGCUUGGGCUAUGGGCUGCCCUGGGUGCCUGUUUCCUUUCCGGAUUUGCGGGCAUCUACUUCGAAAAGAUACUAAAGGGUGCAGAGAUCUCGGUGUGGAUGAGGAAUGUCCAGUUGAGUCUGCUCAGCAUUCCUUUCGGCCUGCUCACCUGCUUUGUAAACGACGGCAGUAGGAUCUUCGACCAAGGAUUCUUCAAUGGCUACGAUCUGUUCGUUUGGUAUCUAGUUCUGCUGCAGGCCGGCGGUGGUUUGAUCGUGGCCGUGGUGGUGAAGUAUGCAGACAACAUACUUAAAGGUUUCGCCACCUCGUUGGCCAUCAUCAUAUCGUGUGUGGCCUCCAUCUACAUCUUUGACUUCAAUCUCACACUCCAGUUUAGCUUUGGAGCUGGUCUGGUAAUCGCCUCGAUCUUUUUAUAUGGCUAUGAUCCUGCCAGGUCCGUACCAAAAUUGGCAAUGCAGGGCCCUGGCAGCGAUGAGGAGAAAUUACUGCCACGCGUCUAGCUCUGGAGGAAUCUGGAUCUGUCAACAGUAUUUGUCCACAACCCGGAGGCCGUUCGGUGAUUGCAUCUAAUGUACUUGAUAUUCCCCAUGUUGUGUGUAUAUAUGUUAGGGUGGAUAAUAAUAUCUGGACAAUUCGUAGCACUUUCCCCUCGGAAACAAUAGUUAUAAUGUAAAGAAAAAACAAAAUCGAUUAAAAUACUUAAUUAUUUAUGUAAUUUAAAUGUAAAAAGGGUAUUCGCAAGCUAAACUAAAGUAUAGAUAUUAAAAUGAUAUGUUUGAAAUGCACCUUUUUAUAUAUCAUUUUAAUUGUUACUUUAAAAGCAACGGAAUAUCAAAAAUAUUUUCUGGAAAGAUUUUCAUACCUAUAUGAAUGUAAAUAUCAGCUUGGACUUGAAUUAAGGUUGAGCAUUUACGAUUUCUGCUUUUCAUGUUAAUUUAAUAUUUUGGGCAAUUCCAAAAAAGAGUAAUACGUUAGAUAUAUUAUUUUUACAUCAAAAGCCCCAUAAUAUUAUAUAUAUAUCAAUUGUAAAAAAAACAUUUAUAUUUUAAUAUUGCUUCGAAUUGUCUUAAGAAAUUUUUUCUUCGUCCCUGUAAUAUUUAAUUGAAUCUGCAUUCAUUCAUUCACCUUUUUUAUUUUCGUUAAAGCCCAAUUUUAGGGUUCUUCACUGAUAUUUGUAAUAAAGACGAAUUAUAUGUACGUCAAGCGUAAAAAGCCAGAUUCCUUAUGGGGUCAGCGCAACUCUCAAUAAUUUGUCAUUUUGUUUAAAUAAAAGUUUGACAAAUA